CAGGCCCUGCCGCGUCCUCGGCUGCCUCCGCCUGAGCUUCAGCAGGGCGGCCAGCCGAAGCCCGGCUCCUCCCAGACCGAGCGGCUGUGGCUGUUUGAAGAAUUGUCUAGAAGAUGAAUUUCUUUCUGGAAACACUUCAAGUCCUGGUGCUCUCCAUAUAUUACCUUCUGGAGUCUCUUGUUCUGUGGGUUGUUCCCAGGCGAAAGAAGAAUGUUACUGGUGAAAUAGUGCUGAUCACGGGAGCAGGGAGUGGAAUUGGAAGACUAAUGGCCUUAAAGUUUGCUCAUCUUGGAGCUGUCCUUGUUCUUUGGGAUGUUAAUCGGGAAGGUAACAAGGAGACUGGUAGACUAGCCAAGGAAGUUGGAGCAGUGAGCAUACACACCUAUACUUGUGACUGCAGCAAAAAGCAAGAGAUCUACGAAUAUGCAGAUAAGGUGAAAAAAGAAGUUGGAGAUGUUAGCAUCCUAAUCAACAAUGCUGGCAUUGUAUCUGGAAAGAAAUUUCUCGAUUGUCCAGAUUCCCUUGUGCAGAAAACCAUAGAGGUGAACACUAUGGCACACUUCUGGACUUACAAAGCCUUCCUUCCAGCUAUGAUUGCCUCUAACCAUGGACAUUUGGUUAGUAUUGCAAGUUCAGCAGGACUAACUGGAGCCAGUGGGUUAGCAGAUUAUUGUUCAACUAAAUUUGCAGCAGUGGGCUUUGCAGAAUCCAUUGAUGUGGAGAUGCAUGCUCUGAAGAAAACUGGUGUUAAAACAACUAUUGUAUGUCCAUACCUAAUACAUACGGGCAUGUUUGAUGGCUGUAGAAGCAAAUGGCCACAUCUGAUUCCUAGUCUAGAUUCAGAGUAUGCAGCUGAGAUGAUUGUAAAUGCUGUUCUACGGGAACAAGUGUACCUAAUAAUGCCACGAACCCUAUACAUUGUAGUGGCCCUGAAAAAUAUUCUGCCUGUGAAAAUGAUACGUCUCCUGGAAAACUACCUUGGAGCCUUUAAUUUCAUGGACAAUUUCAGUGGUUGCCUAAAAAAAGACUGAGAACUGAAUGACGUCAAAGACCAGCAGCUCUAAGUUAACAUGGACCAGUUUAGAGAUACACAUUCUUUACUGCUUCACCAGCCAAAAACGUAAGGUGCCUCAUGCUUAUAGUUUUUAUCACAUUUAAUCAACAGCUCCCAGCCUCAGCUGGCUUCUCUAAUGGUUGAUGAGAACAGUGCAGUGCCUAUAGAAAAUUUCUUUCACAGGAUCUGGAGAUCUGUCAGUAGUAUCUGUCUUAAUGCCUUAAUGUAUAACUUUGAGCGUACCUGUAUAUAAUUUCUGCCUUAAUUUCGUAAUGUAUGGCUUGUUACAUCACCAUCUAAUCAUUACAGACACAUAAUUGGUAGCCUGCUGUUAAGAAACCAGUGGUGUAAUGGAAUUAGAAGCUGAAUUGACCUUGUUCUGGAGUUUCAGCGUGAGGAAGCUUACAUUGUCAUUGUCUUGCCUAAUGAGUGGUUUACUAAACAAGUUAGUUUUCUGAACUGUCUAGCACCUCUUUACACCCACUGAAAGUCACUAAAAAUCGUAUUAAUCUGAAUAAUGAGUGUAUGCUUUAAAAGUGUGGAAACUAUUACACAUGUACCUUUUACAGAGGCAUACUGUUAACAAGUGAGUGUGUGUGCAUACUUCUCUGAGUGUUUCAAUUUUAAAUAAAACUCUAUAACUUAA